GCGCAUCGGCACUAACACACUGCGCAUGCUCAUUGAUUCAGACUUCCUGUGUCAGCCAUUGCAGUGAGACAGCGGUAUUUCUUUUAUUUCGAAUGGUUUUCUUGUAACGUCAAGUGGCUUUAUUUACGAGUUGCAAAAUGCUUUCAACACAUUCUUACGGACCUAAUGGAAAAAUGCAAGAUUAUCACUACACAGGUCCAGUACAGCAACGGUUUUCCCCAUAUGCCUUCAACGGAGGGACUGUCCUGGCUGUUGCUGGUGAGGAUUUCGCAUUAGUGGCCUCAGAUACUCGUCUCAGUGAGGGCUACUCAAUCCACAGUCGGGACUCUCCAAAGUGUUACAAGCUGACUGACACUACAGUAAUUGGCUGCAGUGGAUUUCAUGGCGAUUGCCUUACUCUGACCAAAAUCAUCGAUGCCAGACUUAAGAUGUACAAGCACUCGAACAACAAGAGCAUGACAAGUGGAGCGAUUGCAGCCAUGCUGUCAACGAUUCUGUACGGGAGAAGAUUUUUCCCUUACUAUGUGUACAACAUCAUCGGUGGUCUGGAUGAGGAGGGUAAAGGAGCUGUGUACAGUUUUGACCCCGUGGGAUCAUACCAGCGAGACACCUACAAAGCUGGCGGCUCAGCCAGCGCUAUGCUGCAGCCUCUCUUAGACAACCAGAUUGGCUUCAAGAACAUGGAGGGCGUGCAGCAGGCCCCUUUGACCCAGGAGAAGGCGAUUCAGCUGGUGAAGGACGUCUUCAUCUCCGCAGCCGAGAGGGACGUGUACACCGGAGACGCACUGCAGAUCUGCAUCAUCACUAAGGAGGGCGUUCGGCAGGAGAUGGUCCCUCUCAGGAAGGACUGAGACACCAUUUUGUUUUUCCACCGACCCACCUCCAUACUUUUGUCAUUUUUUCCCCGCUGUGUAUUUCUAUUAAAAGGUCUGCUCUGGUCUGUUCUUUUUACAUUUUCUGAAAGAAAAAAAGAUGAAUAAAAUAAAGAGUAGUUACCAGAAUGUUA